AUGCCUCCUCUUACCAAAGCCCAAGCUUCUGAGAUCGAGGAAUACGACUACUUCGUCAUCGGUGGUGGAUCUGGUGGAUUGGCUUCUGCUAGACGAGCAGCUUCGUACGGUGCUAAAGUCGGUUUGGCAGAGGCUACACCUAAAUUAGGUGGUACAUGUGUGAAUGUAGGAUGUGUUCCCAAGAAGGUGAUGUGGUACACCGCAGAUAUCGCCGACAACCUCAGGAAAGCCGCUGCGUACGGGUUCGGUAAAGAUGGUGAAGGGAAUAGAAUCGCGGGUGAUUUCAAUUGGACGGAAUUGAAACAUAAGAGAGAUGCCUAUAUCAAGAGAUUGAACGGAAUCUACGAAACCAACUUGGUAAAAGAUAAAGUAGAUUAUCAUUCCGGUUUCGCCUCAUUCAUCGAUGCCAAUACACUCCAAAUCGACGGUUUGGACGGUGAGACUUACCAGGUCAAAGCGAAAAACAUCACUGUCGCAGUUGGUGGAAGACCCACCAUCCCUUCAGAGGAGACUAUCGAAGGUGCGCAGUACGGUAUAAACUCUGAUGGAUUCUUCGAUAUUGAAGAACAACCUAAGAGAGUCGCCGUGGUCGGUGCGGGUUAUAUCGCUGUUGAAUUAGCUGGAGUGUUCAAUACUCUCGGUACGGAGACUCACUUGAUCAUCAGACAUGAUCAGGUUUUGAGAACUUUUGAUCCUAUGUUGAGUGAAGUUUUGGUUCCUUAUAUGGAGAAAACCGGAAUGAACCUCCAUAAAUCCUCCAACGUCAAAAAAGUAGAAAAGACCUCAUCCGGUUCUCUCUUACUCCAUGUGGAUUCUUUGGACAAACCAUUAGAAGUGGACGUUUUGCUCUGGGCAAUCGGACGACAUGCCAACACUGAGAAAUUGGGAUUGGAAAAGAUCGGAAUCAAGACUGACGAUAAAGGAGAUAUCAUCGCGGACGAUUAUCAAAAUACGAAUGUACCCAACAUUUACGCUGUAGGAGAUGUAGCUGGGAAAGUCCUUUUGACACCUGUUGCGAUUGCUGCUGGAAGAAGAUUAUCGAAUAGGUUGUUUGGUCCAGAGAAAUAUAAGAAUGAUAAGUUGUCGUACGACAAUAUCCCUUCGGUUGUUUUCUCUCACCCUACGAUUGGUUCAGUAGGUCUGUCAGAACCUGAAGCAGAAGAGAAAUUCGGUAAAGACAAUUUGAAAAUAUACAAGACUUCCUUCAAAGCAAUGUCAUUUGCGAUGUUGGAUGAGAACCAUAAGCAACCCACUUCUUACAAGUUGAUCUGUACUGGCCCUGAAGAGAAGGUCGUAGGAUUACAUAUCAUUGGUGAAGGAAGUGAUGAGAUGUUGCAAGGAUUCGGUGUUGCCGUUAAGAUGGGAGCUACUAAAGAUGAUUUCGAUUCAUGUGUUGCUAUUCAUCCUACAUCCUCCGAGGAAUUAGUUACUCUUCGAUAA